AUGGAGGAGACAAAGAAAUCGUCUGCGGUGGUAGUGCCCCCGCUGGCCCUGAAUUCGCCUCGAGACCGGGCAGGCACAGAAGGCGAAGGAGCCAAGGGUGAGGCGAAAGCAGCGGGCAAGGAGGUCGCGGCAGCAGGGCCAGGCGACGUCAGUGGAAACGGCAACCAGCCUGGUGGCAGUUUCUUUGCGCACUACUUUCUCACCUUCGGGUGGGAAACGGGGCGGCCGCUGCUCACCUACGACGAGGGCAGCUUUCGCACUGGCGGGGGCGGCAGCUCGCGAGGCCCCAACAGCGCGAGGGCUGGCUCGGUGACGCCGCUGCAGGUGGCGUUCAAGGCCGGCCUGCUGGCGCGCUACCCCGAACAGGACCGCCCCGACGUCCCCUUCCCGCCGCACACUUGGAUGUUCUGCUUCCCGCGCGGCAUGGUGCUGAAGGACCGGGAUCCGCCCAAGCCGCUCUACUUCCCCGUGGUCCUCACCGCCGAAGACGGCACGCAGCUCUACGGCGCCUCCCUCACCUUCUACGAGCAGCUCAGCGCCGCCGAAGUGCAGGACCUCUACCACACCUUCUACACCGGCGAAGACCGACGGUCGUCCGAGGCUCCCCAUUCUCCAACGUCGAGCGACAGCAGCUCUCUCGCCACCUCAACUAACAAAGAAGCAAUGAUUAAGCGAGCGCUGCCGAAGAAGCUGUAUGCGCCCAAGUCAAUCUGCAUUCUCUCGCGCUACUCCUUCACACUCUUCUUCCGCGACUGGCUCUGCGGGGUCUACUCCCUCUCCAAGGAGCUGCCCCACUCCAUGAUCGACGCCUUCAUCGUGCAGCUCAUCGACAAGGUGCCUAUGCCCCAACCGUCCGUCGGCCUCAGCCUCACGCUCGGCGAGAAGCAGUUGCUCAUGAGCCCUGUGGACAACAAGUUCCCCAUGACCGACAUUCCGCUCCAUUUCCUCUUCGAGGUGCUGGACAUCGACAACGUGCUGCUGCUCUUCUCCGCGGUGUUGAUGGAGCAGAAGCUGCUUUUGGUGAGCAGCCAGUUCACGCUGCUUACCUACGUUUCCGAAUCGAUUCGAUCACUCCUGUAUCCGUUCGAGUGGCAGCACGUGUUCGUGCCGGUCCUGCCCGCCUGCCUGACCGAGUUCGUGGGCAGCCCCACCCCGUUCAUCAUGGGCAUCCACAAGUCCUACUACAAGCCCGACGAGAUCGCCCCCUAUUCAACAGAGGUGGUGGUGGUCGACCUGGACCACAACCGCAUCGUGGUGCCCGAGAGCGUGCAGGCCCAGGUGCCGCCGCUGCCCGAGCCCGAGCACGCCAUCCUCGUCUCAGAGCUGCGCAAGUUCCUCCACAACGACCUCUUCUACCUCGACGACUACUACUCGUCGUCGCGCGCCCCGGCCGCCGCCUCGCUCCUCAAGCGCACCCACGCCGCCGGGUCGGCCGCGCACCGCCAGUCCACCUACCAGGCGCCCAUCUCGCCACGCCACCACUCCACCGCCUAUCACGCCGCUCCGUCGGCCCACAUCGUCACCACUUCGGCAGCCACGUCAUCGUCGUCUUCUUCGCUGUCGCUGUCGAGCAGCAGCGCGGCGGCCGCGGGCAGCGCUGUGACGACGCGGUUCGACGAGGCCAUCCGACACGCGUUCCUGAUGUUCUUCGUGUCGCUGUUCCGCAACUACCGGGACCACCUCACCUACAUCCGCGUCUUCCCCGAACCAAUGGCCAUCUUCAACAAGAAGAACUUCCUCCUCCUCCGACCCGACGCCGCGGGUUGGUUUGAGCCGUUCUUGGAGACGCAACUGUUCACGAGUUUCCUCAAUCGCCACUCGUGGCCGCGCGCCAACGUGUUCGAUCAGUCCAUCGACGCCGCCCUCUUCGACCUGGAACUCGACCAGGUGUUGGCCCAGCUCGCCCGCCCGACGCAGACCCGCACCGUCGUCGUCCCAGCCCCGCCCGUUUCCUUCCACCCAGGCUCACACGUGGACCCCGAGCGGUUCCCGCUGAUCGGCCGCCCGCAGCCCCCGCCGCCGACGGCCGCCGCUGACGACUCUGCCGGGGCGGACAAGGACCACGGGGCCAGCGGCGAGGGCAGCAGCGGCGGCGGUGACGACAAGGUGAUGGCCCAGAAGAAGAAGAUCGUCCGCCGCAAGUCCCGCUUCGGCAAGCUCCCGCCCAUUCCAGGCCUCGGCGGCGGCAGCAGCCACGCAGCGGAGAACGGCAGCGCAGCAGCGGCCGAGACCACCAGCCCUGCGGCGGCGGCCGGUGGUGAGACGACCACGGGCGGCGAGGCCCAGCCGACGUCGGAGGAGAACGGCGGCGGCGGCGGCGGCGGUGAUGGCGAGGAGGGGGCGAUGACGGAGCUGCAGACCUGCGUGAGCAAGGAGGAGCGGCGGGAGCGCAAGUGGCUGGUGGGGUGCAUGCAGACCCUGUUCGAGCACAGCGAGGAGAAGGGGGCCAGCGGCGGCGGCGGUGGACGGGCGCUCGAGACGGAGGACAUGUCGAAGCUCUUCGAGCGGCUCAAGGACGAGGCCCUCCGCCUGGAGUUCGCCCGCGCCAUAGAGGCCGAGGUCAAGCGAUCGCCAAAGGAGGGACAGCUGAGUGGGCGGUCGUUCGCGCAGCUGACGGAGCUCAUGAAGGCCUGUCUUCGUGAGGCGUCGGACAAGGACGACUUCUACAGCUGCGGGCUGGUGAUGGAGGCGGCCUUCCAUUUCAACUACAACAACCCCAAGCUGCAGGGCGUGCAGGACUUUGUCCACUCGCACCUGGUCAACCACGACGCCUGGCAAAACCUUCGAUUCUGGGAGCGCAGCUUCUAUGACAAGGUGAAGGAGGAGUUCAACAAGCUCUACGACGGCGACUGCCGGAGCAGCAUGCGGCAGUGGGAUUCGCUCGAGCAGUCCAAGCGCGAGGAGCUCAUCUCCAAAGAGGAGAACAUCAUCUUCGACUGCCUCGCCACCUUCGCGUAUAAGAUGCUCACGCUGGGGACGAGCGUGGAGCUGGUGCGCCGGUUCGUGGGGAAGAUGAGCACGGCGGCGCAGCUGAGCGAGGAGCGGACCACCAUCAUCGAGCAGCUCCUCUCCAACAUGACCCGCGCCACCGAACUCACCGCCGAACUCGAGGCCGACUCCCGCCGCAGCUCCCUACGGCCGAACGAUGAUUUCGACGAGGGCGGAGAGGAGCAGGAGUACAUUCCGGUGGCGGGCCUCAACAACCCGCGCCACGACGAGUCCACCGAGGGCCGCAAGAAGUUCGAGAACCUCCUCAAGGCCAAGUCCACCCAGACGCGCGCAUUCCUGACGCGCCUGACGGUGGGUCGCGCGGGCACGAGGGACAAGAUGACGCUGAACAAGAGCUCGGCGACGGCGCCGUCCAACAGGCGCGGGCCCGGGAAGGGCAAGCGGGGCAAGAAGGCCCGGGCCAACAACAAAGGCAGCGACUCGACCGACGACUCGGACGAUUCCGAGUCAGACUACUGCGCGGCCGAAGAACGCGUGAAGGAGGAGUUCAACAAGCUCUACGACGGCGACUGCCGGAGCAGCAUGCGGCAGUGGGAUUCUCUCGAGCAGUCCAAGCGCGAGGAGCUCAUCUCCAAAGAGGAGAACAUCAUCUUCGACUGCCUCGCCACCUUCGCGUAUAAGAUGCUCACGCUGGGGACGAGCGUGGAGCUGGUGCGCCGGUUCGUGGGGAAGAUGAGCACGGCGGCGCAGCUGAGCGAGGAGCGGACCACCAUCAUCGAGCAGCUCCUCUCCAACAUGACCCGCGCCACCGAACUCACCGCCGAACUCGAGGCCGACUCCCGCCGCAGCUCCCUACGGCCGAACGAUGACUUCGACGAGGGCGGAGAGGAGCAGGAGUACAUUCCGGUGGCGGGCCUCAACAACCCGCGCCACGACGAGUCCACCGAGGGCCGCAAGAAGUUCGAGAACCUCCUCAAGGCCAAGUCCACCCAGACGCGCGCAUUCCUGACGCGCCUGACGGUGGGUCGCGCGGGCACGAGGGACAAGAUGACGCUGAACAAGAGCUCGGCGACGGCGCCGUCCAACAGGCGCGGACCCGGGAAGGGCAAGCGGGGCAAGAAGGCCCGGGCCAACAACAAAGGCAGCGACUCGACCGACGACUCGGACGAUUCCGAGUCAGACUACUGCGCGGCCGAAGAACGCAACGACUACGUGGUGAAGACGCUGACGGGCCACACGGAGGCGGUGAUGAGCGUGAAGAUCCACGGCAACGACGUGUUCUCUGGAUCCUGCGACGGCACCGUCAAAAUAUGGAACGCGUUCACGGCCAAGUGCACGGCCACCCUGGCCGGCCACACGGGCUGGGUCAACUGUCUCCACCUCGACCACGAGAAGGAGCGCCUCGUCAGCGGGUCCUACGACAAAUUCCUCAAACUGUGGGAUCUGCAUCGGUCGUGCAAGAUCCGGUCGCUGACGGGCCACGAGGGUUCGAUCUGCUGCAUGCAGGGCGACCUGCCCACCGUCGUCUCGGGCUCGUUCGACGGCACCAUGAAGCUCUGGGACAUCCGCGUCGGCAAGAACUCGCAGACGUUCAAGGGCCACAGCGGGCCGGUGGUGUGCCUGCAGUUCCACGACCCCAAGCGCGAAAUCCUCAGCGGCUCGCGCGAUGCCACCCUCAAGCUGUGGGACGCGCGCACGCUCAAGUGCGUGAAGACGUUCUCCGGUCAUCGGGAUUGGAUUCGGUGCCUCCAGUUCGACCCCGCCAACGCAACCGCCUACAGUGGAUCGUGCGAUACGACGGUGAAGAAGUGGAACCUGGAGUCGGCCCAGUGCGAGCUCACCAUGACCAAGGGCCGCACUGGCGCCAUCAACGACCUCUGCUUCAUCGAUGGACUCAAAGUGGACAACGGGAAGGAGAAGAUGCCGAAGAAGGGCGGGGCCAACUCAGCCUAUCCGUCCAUGCGCGGGCUGGUCACCGGCUCGGCCCGUGGCUGCGUCAACGUGUGGAACACCCACAACGGCACCUGCUUCCAGGCCAUCAAAGCGGCGCACGCGGACGAGGUGGUGCACUGCCGGCCGGUGGGCGGUACGCGAACGCACGUGGUGACGGGCGCGUACGACGGCCUGCUGCGGCUGUGGGCGGCGGACGAGUACAGCGGCGGCCUGCGGUGCGCGGCGACGCUCGACGGCCACCAGCACCGCGUGCUGUGCCUCGACGCCCACGAGUCCAAGAUCGUCUCGGGCUCCUACGACCGCAGCGUGCGCGUCUGGGAGCUCCCGCUCGACCUCAUCCCCUCCUGA